UUGAUAGUUAGCUAGCGGGGUUAUUUUGCAAGUGUGUGAAAAUGUGUCCGAUAUCAUUUGAUACGGUUUAAAGUAGAUUUUGAUAUUGCCAAACACGGACUAUAAACGUGGAACCAACCACAAUUCCAUAUCGUUUUGUUAUCGGGUCUAGUAAAGUAAGUUAGCUGGUUAGCUAAAGCCUAGCUUACUGAUUUAGCUAGUUUUCAAAUAGUUCUGUAUAGAAAGCAUUCAGCUAUCUAGCUAAUGUGAACUCGUGGUGAACGGUCAGUGGAAUGAAAACGGUGAUGUCAGAAUGAUCUGCUAUAAUUCCGUGCUCUAACUACAUAAUUCCUAGGAAGCUAUAGAAGAAUUCAUGAUGGAUGAGGAUUCUGCCGACCCAUCCAACCCCCCUCUCUCCUGCUCCACUGAACCCAACCCUCCGGAGUCACUGGUUCCUGACUCUAAGCAUAGAGACAUCGACACCUGCAGUGAAAUACCCAGAUUUAACAUUGUAGUCAAGGAGGAGGAGGAAGACUGGGAUGUGGAUAAUACUGGAGAGAAUCCUAACUCCAGCUCUAGUGAAGAGGCAUCAGCAGAACAACACCAGGAGAAUCCUAACUCCAGCUCUAGUGAAGAGGCAUCAGCAGAACAACACCAGGAGAAUCCUACGGCUAAGAAGCCAUGGCGAUGCCCCCAAUGUGAAAUAGAAAUCGCUCACCCUUCCAAUAUCAACAGACACCUAAGAACACACACAAAACCUGCUAAGGAGUCUUCCGUCUGUCCAGUAUGUGGAAAAGACUUUGUUCACCCCUCCAAACUGAAGAGACACUGCCGAACACAUACAGGAGAGAAGCCUUACCAGUGCUCUGUGUGCGGGAAGCGAUUCACACUGAAGCCCCACCUGGAAAGACAUCAGAUGACCCACCCUGGAGAGAAACAGCCAGACGUGACAAAGAAGCACCCGUGCUCCAAUUGUGGAAAGGAAUGUUUCUCUGCAUAUGAACUGAAGAUGCACAUGAGAAAGCACACAGGGGAGAGACCUCACCAGUGCUCCUACUGCGAGAUGAGCUUUGGCUGUAAGGGAACUCUAUCGAGACACGUACGACGCCAUACAGGAGCACCCACACCAAAACCUUACCAAUGCUCACAGUGUGGGAAGAGAUACGAGUCACCGUCGAGGCUCAGGCAGCAUCAGACUGUGCACACUGGAGAGAAACCUUACGAGUGCUCUGAUUGCGGGAGGGGUUUUGCUUCGACCGAAGGUCUUCGCAAACAUCAAUGCAGUCAUGCCAGUAACCAUAGCAACCAGUGUACACUGGGAAUUCGAGAUACGGCAUCAUCGGGCAGUCAAACUAUGAAUAUCAAGAUCGAAGACGAGGAACAGGAGCUGGCAAUUAAUGUCAAAGAGGAGGAGGAGGAAAUUGUUGUUUUUGUCAAUGCUGAUAAAGAAACCUUACCAGUGUACCACCUGUAAUCAGAGCUUUGUUCACCCUAGCUCUCUAGCAAGACACAAACAAUCCCACACUAGUGUCACGCAUUACAGCUGUUCAGAAUGUGGGAAGGAAUUCAGCCAAUCGUGGACUUUCAAGAUACACAUGCAACAGCACACCGGAGAGAAACCACACCACAGCUCUCCGUGUAAUAAGAGUUUCUCAGCUUUUGCACUUCUCAGAAGACACCAGAUAGUUCACACUAGGGUGAAACCUUACCCCUGCUCUCUCUGUAGGAAUACGUAGCCCUAUGCUAACACGACCAGCUGACAGCAUGAGAAAACGUAGCCCUAUGCUAACACGACCAGCUGACAGCAUGAGAAAACGUAGUCCUAUGCUAACACAACCAGCUGACAGCAUGAGAAAACGUAGCCCUAUGCUAACACGACCAGCUGAUAGCAUGAGAAAACGUAGCCCUAUGCUAACACGACCAGCUGAUAGCAUGAGAAAACGUAGCCCUGUGCUAACACAACCAGCUGAUAGCAUGAGAAAACAUAGCCCUGUGCUAACACAAACAGCUGAUAGCAUGAGAAAACGUAGCCCUGUGCUAACACGACCAGCUGACAGCAUGAGAAAAGUAGCCCUAUGCUAACACGACCAGCUGACAGCAUGAGAAAACGUAGCCCUAUGCUAACACACUGGAUAGAAACAUUAUGCCUGCCCCGACUGUGACAAGAGCUUUGCUUUCGCUUCAGCCUUUAAAAGACACCAUAAGUUACACACAGGAGAGAAACCCCACUCCUGCUCUGUGUGUGGGAAGAGUUUUACUCAAUCAUCCACCUUGAAGGAUCACUUCAGGACGCAUUCAGGAGAGAAACCCUGCUCUGUCUGCCGUGUUUUAGUUAUCCAAGAUCCUUUAAGCUCCAAUGCCUGAAACACUCCAAUGCCUGAAACUCGAGACGCCGGAUGAGGGGCCUACAGUACCUCGUGGACUGGGAGGGGUACGGUCCGGAGGAGAGGUGCUGGUUACCGGUGAAGGACAUUUUGGACUCUUCACUUCUGAGGGACUUCAACCGCCUCCACCCAGAUCGCCCGGCACCUCGCCCGCCCCGGGUCGCCCUCGGGGCCGGUGGCGGCACGCUGCGGGAGCCGCGCGUCGGGGGGGGGGGGGUUCUGUCACGACUCCCGCCGCAGUUGGCUCCCCUGCCUGUUCGGGCGGGGCUCGGCGGUCGUCGUCACCGGCCUACUAGCCCCCACCGAUCCCUUUUUCCUGUUCUGUUAGUUUAGUCUUAUUAGUUGCACCUGUUCCUAUUUACGUUUUCUUGAUUUUCUAGCCUAUUUUAGCAUGUUAGGCUCUAGUUUGUGGGGGAUUAUUUUGUGUUCACGUUUAGUGUUGGCUGUGGUUUUGUGCUCCGGACCGUGUUUUGGGUUGGUCAGUGUUUUCCGCCCUGUGUUCUGGGUUGGUCAGUGUUUUCAGCCCUGUGUUUUGGGU